AUGUCUACCCGAGCCGAGGCGCAGCCGAAGGUACUAGGAAAGGUGCCGACCAUAUCGAUUGAUAAGACGGACGGUUGCCAGAUUUACCUCUCAAAGGACUCCCUCGAUGUGGAAAUUGUCAGCUCUAAGUCUUCGGAGAUGAAUGUGCUCGUGCCACAGGCGAAUGGUGACUUUACGGAGCACCCCAUUCCAGAACAGUACAAGACGGUGCUGAAUAAGCCCUCUGGCCUGACCACGACGCCCGUCGAAAACAAGGGCUAA